GAAAGAGGAACUACAAACUAAAAAAAAAAAGGAAAGAAACUGGUUCGGAUGUUUACCCGUACUGCUUUGCGGAUUUUAUUUUUUUAAAGGUAGAAAGACACACAACCAACCCAGAUUCGAAGCGGAUGAACAGAUGUUUAGGGUCUGAUUGAUUGUGUAUGUGUAUGUGGAUGUGUAUAUCAAACUUAAUACGCUGAGAUUCUGUAUCAGGCGUCACUAGCGUCUCAAGAUUGUAACCUACAUUUUACGAAGCAAGGAUAAACUUCCUAGAGCCAGAGUUACCGUAUUACAGAAAAUCUUUCACUGGGUUAUGGAGAACAUGAAUUUGGGUGUGGGGACCCUCAAUGAGGCAGUAUUAAACAGACUCGGUUACAUGCUAGAUAAUUUAGAGUUUGGUUGGAAACAGCUGGCAAAGGCAGUGGCCGAGAAGCCACAGUUCUCUUGUAGUGACAGAGAUUUGACUGACUGCUCACUCAAAGUGCUAAGUCCUAAUGGCAGCCCUGGACGAUCCCUGCUUGCCCUACUUGCCGAUAGAGGCUGUACCUUGGCUUUCCUGCUUCAGUGCCUAAGGAAAAUUGAGCACAGAGAGGCUGUUGGAUUUCUCACUACACAAGUGAUGGAGCAAAUUGCCAUCACACUGCAGCCACAGAGUCACCGGGUACCAGAGGGAAGUCCUGUGAUUCUCAGUUGCAAGGCAGUCGGACCUCUGGAGCUCACCUACCAGUGGUUCAAUGGCAAAGAUGAGGUGCCUGGAGGCAAUGUCCCAGAGCUGUUCCUGAAAUCUGUAGGUCCAGCACAGCAGGGGCACUACAUCUGUCGUGUAAGUUUUGGAGACAAGUAUAUCUUCUCCAAAUGGGCCCAUGUAAGUCUCCUGAGGUCUGGAGGUGCAAGUGCAGGCCCCAGUGGUAGCUACUUCCCAUCAUCAUCUAGUGGGUUAUACAUAACUCAGCAACCCAGGGCUCAAGCAUUGGAGGAGGGAGACACUCUCUAUUUCGAAAUUGCUGCUCAGGCCAACCCACCUCCUCAGUUCCAGUGGUAUCAUAACAGACAGCCAAUGCCAAAGUACACUAGAAACUUCUUAAAGAUUCCAUGCGUUACCACAGCUGACAGAGGUACAUACACGUGCAGGGUUUACAACCUUUAUCAUGAAAUGUGGAGUGAUCAGGUCCAAGUUAACAUAGGUCCUGGUUCCUUUUCUGAUGUCUCUUGGGAAACGACUGAAGUAGAUACUCCUGAUGCACCUCCAAAGCAAUUGGGUGAUUGUUGCGCCACUGAUAAGGUGGCCUUGCUUAUGGGGAAUAUGAACUACCUGCAUCACCGGCAGCUGAGAGCCCCCAUGGCGGAUGUGUAUGAGCUGACUAACCUUCUACGCCAGCUAGACUUUAAAGUUGUCUCUCUGCUGGACCUCAACUGGCAGGAGAUGCACAGUGCUGUUACUGAGUUCCUGUUGCUGUUGGAUCGAGGUGUUUAUGGGCUAUUGUAUUUUGCUGGACAUGGCUAUGAGAACUAUGGGAACAGUUUCAUGGUACCCAUUGACGCUCCAGCCUCUCAUACCUCAAAGCACUGUCUCUGUGUGCAGGAUGUGUUACAGCGCAUGCAAGAACGGCAGACAGGACUUAACGUCUUUCUGUUGGACAUGUGUCGCAAACGAAACCCAAAUGAUGACAGCAUUACACAGUCUGGCCCCUUGAAAGUUACCGCAAACAUAGUGUUUGGCUAUGCAACGUGUGUUGAUGCCGAAGCAUUUGAAGUUAACAAAGAUGACCUCUCUAAUGGAAUCUUUAUGAGCUUCCUCAAGAAGAGACUGAUGAAUCCAGAGAAGGUCACGGUCUUACUUGACAAAGUAGCAGAAGACAUGGGAAGAUGUAAUAUCACUCGAGGCCGGCAGGCUCUGGAACUGCGCAGUAAUCUUUCGGAGCGCCGUGCUUUGACUGACCGCAUACAAGACCCAGCCUGCCAAGUUACAGCAUCAACACGCAAUUUACAGUGGGCUAUUGCACAUGUCCUCCCAGACAGCCGCUGUCUUGAGUUUGAAUGUGGCGUGAAGGUACAGUUGGGUUUUGCUGCAGAGUUCUCCAAUAUCAUGAUAAUCUACACUCGGAUAUUGGAGAUUCCUAAAGACAUUGUGUCCUGCUAUGCCCAACAUUCUGACUUCACUGAGGGCCCUGAAGUAGACCUGAAGCACAGCAAUCAGGAAAGUCUCCAGGAGGCUGGCAGUUUACUACUUACCAUGGAUGAUCUACAGCUUCUGGAACAGCCUCGGCUCUACACUCGUAUUAGUGCCCUGCAAAGGCUCAAGAUGGAGCUCUCUUUUACUGUGUCUCUACAUUACAAGUACACUAAUCUGGAUGAAGAGUUAGUGGAGGAGCAAAAAGUGUCUGUAGGCAAACCUCUUGUGUCAAAACUUAACCUCCAUGAGCCAAGACUCCCCCGCUCUUUCUCAGAAUCUUCCUCAUUAGACCUACAAAUGUCCAGCAUGCUGGAGUCUUCAUCCUUCAGCGAAGGCAUCAGAGCUAACCUGCCCGGCUUAUACCCUUCCUCCAUUGGGUCUGCCUCCACAACCUGGACUUAUUAUCAGAGGCCCAGCGAAUCAACCUCAAGCUCUGGUUUAAAGAAUGAACCUGAGGAAAACAUAAGCCCAGAGUUCCUUGAGUCCGAAGAACCUCUUAUCAUCAAGAGUUUGCCUAGUGCUGCCUCUGAGGAGCUCCCCUUUAAAUUUACCAACUUGCCAAAUUCUAUUUAGUGGGAAAGUGUUCCAAUUCAAAGCUGUACAAAAGUCUUUAUGAAAAGUUUCUAAGAGCAUUAAAAACUUAUAAAACAAUAGAACAUCUUCAUUUCAACCAAAAUAUGGGACAUGCUAGUUAAUAUGGGACAGCUGGCAACCCGAUUUACAAAUCUGUAUUUUAACACCUUUGUAUGUACAGUAAUUGAGAAAAUUGGUGUACUUGUAGUCUACCCAAGCUAUUUUAUUGUGUUGUGUAUUGUUUGUCUGCCAGUUCAUAAAGAGACCUUAUUUAGUUUUUGUUUGGUUUUUCAUUAAAAUACACCACAAGUGGUCCAUGUAA